AUGACGAUCACGAAUUUGUUAUCGGAUAAUGUUAAAAUAAGUGAAAGGUUCAAAUCAAAUGAUAGUUUGGAAGUUCUAAACGUCACAGACAAAACAUUUCAGCUACUGUAUACGGAAAGUGGUAAACUACACCUAAUGAAUAUGGAAAGCUUUGAAGAAGUAGAGUUACCAGCAUCAACAUGCGAGAAUGGAGAGAAAGGGCUUCAAAUGCUUGAAGAUGGUAUGCCACUCAGUGUGAAAUACGUUACCAGUCCAAACGACGGUGAAAAACCUUGCAGUUUCAAACUACCUUUGAAAUACACGUAUACGGUUGAAUCGAAAGUCCAGCGAGUUAAAAAGGAUGCAAAAACCGCCUCCUACACCACAGCGACGUUAACGAAUGGUGCCAAGAUUCUUGUGCCAGAUUUCAUCAACGAAGGCGACAAGAUUCUCGUUGACUUAGAGACUAUGAAAUACAUGAGAAGAGAAAAUUAG